CUGUUUUUCCUCUUUGAGUGCUGUCUUGCUUUUGGAGCAGACUGGUUUUAAAAAAUCAAGCCUACUGAAAAAAAUGCCCGCCUCCGCGUCGCAGCGAAGCAAGCGGAAGGGGAAUCAAAAAUGCAAGACAGACGACGUUGCGGCUCCAAUCGAGCAACGAGAGAACGCAGCGACCCCGCCCACCGCACGUACGUCUACAGCUCCCGAUUUCGAGGGCACCGACCUGCUAGCAAACCAGAUUUACGCCAAGUUGCUGAAUACGCUCCGUCUGAAAUACGAGAGAAUCGUCGCGAAGCCGGAGUGGUGGUGGAUUCAAGACGAAUGUCUGGCGCUGGUGGCGAAGCAAUUGAAGAAGAACGACUACGCCUUUAUCGACGGUUUUCUGCCCGCGAACACCGCGCUCCGGCUCCGAACAGAGGUGCAGAAGUGCGACGCCGACGGGAGGCUGAACCCCGCUGGCGUGGUGAAUGGAAAAACAGAAACCGCGUACAUCGAGCAGAGCACCCGAGGCGACCGUGUCGGCUGGUUCAAUACGAACAACGCAGAGUCGUGGGAACUGAAGGGCGGCGCGGCGGAGGGCAUCGACGACGCAAACAAGUGCAGCAGUGACAACUCGGGCUGGAGAUACGGCCCGAUGCUGGAUGACACGGGCAUGAAGGUUUCCACUCUGGUGAACGAGCUGAAAGUGUACUUCCCCCCGAAGGAAGACCUGGACCGGAUCAACUCCCGUUCGCACCACAUGGUGGCCUGCUACCCGGGCGGAAAUGCGCGGUACACGAAGCACUACGACAACGACGGAAAGCAUCCGCAGCUCUCGAAGCGCGUGCUAACGUGUCUGGUGUACUUGAACCCGGAAAUGGAAAUCGACGGCGGAAGUCUGUGCGUGUACAAGGCGGAUGACUCCGAUUGCCUGCGCUCCGCGGUCGCGCCGAAGCUGGGUCGGUUACUGCUGUUCUUCAGUGACAAGCGCGUGCCGCACGAGGUACGCCCGAGUAAAACGAUGCGUUACAGCGUCACCACGUGGUUCCUGGACAGCAACGGAAGGGGUGCGGGGAGUGAGGCGGAUGCGAGCUACCCAGCAUCGACGACUGCUGUUGCAGAGGUUGGACAAGACGAAGCGACAAAGUCAUCGUCGGGCACCAGUACGAAAACGCCUGUGUCUGAAACUGAAUGUGAGCAACAGGACCAAGCGCCCGUCGACGAUAAAGAAAAGGACAAACUACAGACGACGUCACAAAUCAAAGAUGAUGCCUCCGACAACACGCUCCUGAGCGAACUUCACAGAGACAAUGGCAACGGGAAAGGGGUAGACAUAGAAAAGCAAAGAGAGGAUAUCAGUACAGCAAAGACCAACGGGAGUAUGAGUAAGUCACUGUCUCGUAUUGAAAGUGAAACUGACACGAGCUCGGCACUGCGUAGCAGAGCACAGUUCCAGAUUAGCUGGAAGGAUCGAACCACGUUGGAGAUUUUUGUCGAUGGGGACAAUGUCGAAUGUCCGGAGUUGGAGUUUAAUGGCAAGGAAAUCCGGAUUCUGAACAGUGAUGGCGGCGUCGCGGCACAGGUUGUGGUGGAGUACAGAACGAGUAGCUACUCGUGCAAGUGGAGCUCGAAGAAGAGAAGACUGCAGGUUCUCUUUGUGGCGGAGGAACCAUCAGGAUAAAAGUGGUCUAGCAUGAUGGCAAUCUUUACUCCCGAACAACGUGGCAGAUUUUCGUCCGAGCCUUUCUAUGGUGCGUCGAAGUCGAAGAGGAAGUGGAAGAAUCCUUCAGAGCAU